AAUUUCCACUGCGCAUGCCCAGCCUCUGUGUUCCUGAAAUAUGGCGACUCCAGCGAAAGUCAGUAAGCCUGACGCUAAAAACAAUCAUGAAAACGCCGACGAACAAGCAGAUAAAGAACAACAGGAGGCGAUUGAGCAAAUAGAUGAAGUGCAGAAUGAAAUAGACCGUUUAAAUGAACAAGCGAGUGAAGAGAUACUUAAAGUUGAACAAAAAUACAACAAAUUAAGGCAGCCAUACUUCCAGAAGAGGUCUGACUUGAUCGCAAAAAUUCCUAAUUUCUGGGUCACUGUUUUUGUUAAUCACCCUCAAGUAUCUGCACUGUUAAAUGAAGAGGAUGAGGAGGCUCUUCAGUUCUUGUCUAAGGUUGAAGUACAGGAGUUUGAGGACAUCAAGUCUGGCUACAAAAUCAACUUUUUCUUCGAUGGUAACCAGUACUUUGAGAAUGAAGUCAUAUCAAAAGAGUUUCAUCUAAACGACACAGGCGAACCUUCAUCGAAAUCAACACCAAUUAGAUGGAAAGCAGGCAAAGAUCUAACAAAGAAGUCCAGUACCCCGAGUAAGGGAGGACGUAAGAGGAAUAUGGAGGAGCAGGAAUCCUUCUUCUGUUGGUUCACAGAUCACGGCGAUGCUGGUGCUGAUGAGCUUGGAGAGGUGUUGAAGGACGACAUCUGGCCAAACCCCUUACAGUACUACUUGGCAUCAGAAAUGGAGGAGGAGGGUGGAGAUGAUUUGGAUGAUGAAGAUCUUAUGGAGGGGGAGGAAGAUUUUGACGGUGAAGAAGAGGAGGGAGAUGAGGAUGAUGUUGGAGAGGAUGAUGCAGAAGAUGACGCAGAAGAUGAGGGUUGAUCUUUGUCUUAACAUUUAUAUUGUUUCAUUGUCGUUCAUUUUAUCAUCACAUUUUUCAUCGGUCAUGUUUCAUUUGGAGUCGUCUGUCAGUUGUCGUCGUUGCAUAUCGACCAUCCGGUCGCUACAGAAGUGGACCAUCUCAUGGAUAUUCAAGACAUUGUGACAUUUGUAUGGACAAAAAACUAAACCACCAGUAGUUUCAGACAGUUUAUAAGAUUUGUGUUCAUAAUGUAAUGAAAGGCAGGUAUAUAUAUCGGUGUCUUUGGAAGUGUUUCAUAGGACUUGCCUGCAGAUGAAAACCUUUUUAAUUCUUCAGCUGGGUACAAAUGAAUUCAUAAUUGUUCUAGGAUAAGAUUACUUCUUAGUAAUGAUGUUUGUUUUCUUUGUGGGUCAGGGGGAUGCAUUUUUCUUUUGUUAAGUGUUUGUAUAGAUGUAGAGUACAGUGUUUCUCCAUCCUCUUGUGUUCAGGUCAGCCAGGAAUAAUUAAGAAAGCUGUAUGAAAUGGGCUUAUACUGUCUAUGCAGCAAAUCCCGGACCAGCUGAAUUUGAAUCAUUCACUCCAUAUUGCACUGUAUCAUGCGAGGUUUGAUUUAAUUUCCACCAGUAAGAAAGCUUUGUGUGAAGUUCUGUAUGCAUAAGACAGUCCCAGAAUGUUUUCCGGAUUCCAUGGGCUUUAAAUUAAGGAAGUGUUCGCAGAAUCAUUGUUAUGAAAUCAGUAUGAAUAUCUUCGAAUGAAAGAUAUAGAAACCGCAACUUUUUGAAGAUCAAAAGAAAGAUAAUAUUGGAAUUUAAAAUCCAAAUAAAAAUGAUUGUUUAGACAACUUGACAUUGUCAUUUUUGUGUGUCAUGAAAGAUUUCACCAAACUGAAACAUGUCAUUCAUUUUGUUAUUGUGUAUUAAGUCAUCUCAAUAUUUUUGAUUUUUUUUAACAUGUUGAUCUAUAUUUAGGGGUACCAAUUCAUUUGGUUUUACCAGUAGUUUAAUACAAUUGGCAGUCCCCACUUCAAUACAUGUAAGGGUCAGUUAUCAGAAUAAAUUUGCAUGUAUUUUUA